AUGGCCCAGACCCGCGCCCGCGCUGCGCUCGAGCAGAGCCCUGCACCCUCGCAAUCUCAGGCACUUUCCACCGAUCCGACCUCUUCGUACACCCUCUCCGCACCGCCUGCGCCUGACGCCACCAUGGGCGAGAGCUCCCAGCACGCCCAGAUUGAUCUGAACGGCUCCCGUGCAGCGCCUAUCGACCCCCUGCUCUCCACCCAGGAGCGCGACCUUGCUGAGGAAGAGCGCCGUCUGAGCGCUGAGAUCGCUCUCGAGCGCCGCCGUCAAGCUAUCCUCCAACUGCGAGCUCAGCAUGCGCAGCUCCUGCGCCAGAAUGCCCAGCUUGCGCAUGUUGCCGAGGGCGCCACCUCUUCGAAUUCCGACCCUCUUGCCGCCCAGACCGCCAAUACCACCGUGCCGGCUGCAUCUGUUGCCGCGCCUGCGCCCGCACCCGCUCCUGCACCUGCUCCUGCGCCUGUUGCCGCGCCUGAGGCUGCGCCCGUGGCCGCUGCGCCUGCGCCCGCACCUGUGGCCGCACCUGUGGCCGCGUCUGUUGCCAUCGAUGCCCCUCCGCCCGCUGCCAAUCCUGAGUUCAGCGCUCCUAUUGCGCCCUCGCCGAUCCUUCCCAGCGCUGCGGGAGCUCCCCUCUGGCGUGCCGCUGGCUUGAACCACCCCACGUACAGCGGCAAGGAUGCUUCUUCGCUUCGGGCCUUCCUGUACGACUGCCGCACCAACUUCCAGCUCAUGGGCUACUCGCUCGAUGGUAGCGACUGCGUUGCGUACGCGGCAAGCUGCCUCCGAGGCCCGCCCAAGAACGCCUGGGUGAAGUAUGUCCAGGAGCAGGAGGCCGAUCCUAACUUUCGUCUCUCGGCCAUCACCUGGGGCGAGUUCGUUGCGUUCCUUCAAAACGAACUAUCUGAUCCCGAUUCGCGCGCCUUCAGUGCGGCCUCGGAGCUUGAGCGCCUCGCACAGCGCGAAGACGAGACCGUCCCGGAGUUCGUUGAACGGUUCACCAGCGUAAUCGCCGACAUGCCUUCGAAGUGGGAUGAACCCACCCGCAUAGUCACCCUCCUGCCGAAGUUCCGCCCAGAGAUCAGCUUCAUCCUCAACUGCUCCCCCCAGUUACCCGCUACGUUCCAGCAGCUCGUGAGCUUCGCCCGCCGUAUCGAGCAUAGUCAGCGCAUUGCCGGCACCUCUCGCUAUCGCCCUCGCUCGUCAAACAACGCCCCCACGGCUCCGCAGCCGCCGCGCCCUGUUAACGUCCCGCCCGCGCCCUUCCAGCGCCCCGUUCGAUGCUUCACCUGCGGCAGGGAGGGCCAUCGCUACGCCAACUGCCCCGAGAACCGCCCUCCUGCCCAGCCUGCCCCGCCUUCUGCCCCGCCUGUUCAGCCUGUUCCGCCUGCGGCUGCGCCCACCCAGCUUCCUCCUGCGCAGCCCGCACCCCAGCAACCCGCCCCAGAUGCUGCCACGGCACCCGCUGCUGCGCCCAAGUCGCGCCCAGUUUGCUACACCUGCAACGAAGUUGGCCACAUCUCCACAUUCUGCCCCAAGGCCAUCUGCCGUCGUUGCGGGCGUACAGGUCACACCGCUGUUCGUUGCCCGGAGCCUCUGAACCCGAACGCCCAGAAUAACCCGAACCUUGCUCCGCUCGGGCGCGACCGCAGCGCCAACGCCGCCUAG